CAGAAUCCAUGCCUCUCUGCGUUCUUCAUGCAAUCAACUAAGUAAUCCUGAAAACCCAGAUUUUUCUUUCUUGUUCUUCCAUUAAAUUUGAUGAUGAAUUACAACAAAUUCCAGGAAUAUGAGCGUGUGUUUAACCACUUCGAUGAGAAUGGAGAUGGGAAGAUUUCCCCUUUCGAAUUGCAGAGAUGUGUCGGUGCUGUAGGGGGAGAGCUGUCGCUGGCGGAGGCAGAGGCGGCUAUUGAGUAUUCGGACUCGGACGGUGAUGGGUUGUUGUGUUUUGAGGACUUUGUUAAGUUUGUUGAUGGAGGUCAAGAAGAAGAGAAGGUGAAGGAUUUGAAAGAGGCUUUUAAGAUGUAUGAAAUGGAAGAAAGUGGAUGUAUUACACCUAAGAGUUUGAAGAGGAUGCUUAGUAGAUUAGGUCAAUCUACCUCCAUUGAAGCUUGUAAGACUAUGAUUGCUCAGUUUGAUCUUAAUGGUGAUGGAGUUCUUAAUUUUGAUGAGUUUAAGGUCAUGAUGUUAUGAUUAAAUGAUGAUGAUGAUGAGGAGGAGGAGGAGGAGGAGGCUCUCCAUAUAUCUGUUGAUUCAUUCAUGUACAUAAACAUUAUUUUAUUCAUCAUUUAGCUUGAAAUAAAUAUGCCUCUGUUUCACCUA